UCACGUGACAAAAUUUAUUUUAUAACCUAUACACCCACAGCUACAUUUGGCUUACACAGUUUUCAUAAGUUUGUAAACAAGGAAUAUCCAUCUAAAUUCUAAAUUCCACGUUACAUUUACCAAGAAACACAAGAAUGUGUACACAAAGAACGGUUUCAACGAUUACUUUGAAGAUAGAAGAAUAUGACGUCUUUCCAGAGUCGUCCGAGGAAGAUGCCAGACCUCAGAUCCAGCAACAGAUUAGUUGUCCUCAGUCGUCCGGUGCACGUUCCAGAUCUUACACCCCGCAACAACCCUGUCCUCAAGAUUCAAGAUCCACGAGCAGGGCAAGCUCGCCACAACGUCCGACACAGGAGAUUAUUAACGACAUAGAACGAGUCCGAGAGAACUUGCGGGACGUCAAGUCUCGUCUGGAACACAGUGCCAGCCCUAAACCUGGACCUUCACACGGUGUAUGUCCGUCCUCCAGUGGCCGUUCUAGAUCUCAUAGUCCGCCAUGUCGCUGUUCUCCUCAGACAUCCAGAGGAAGCUUGAGAUCUCACAGCUCACAUCACCGUUCAUCUCAUCAUAGAUCCAGAGGAAGCUCAAGAUCCCACAGUUCACAUCACUGUUCACCACAUCAUCGAUCGAGAUCCUCGAGCAGGAAUUCUUCACCGCAACGUCCGACUCAGGAGAUUAUUACCGACAUAGAACGUGUCCGGGAGAACUUACGGGACGUCAAGGCUCGUUUGGAAAUGAAAAUGAGCCCUUCCAUGCCUGGACCUUCUCAUGCCGGAUGUCCGACGCACUCGCCUCAUAGUUACAGCCACGCCUCCCCCGCAUGCAGCGAGUACUACACGCCUAGAGCAUGUCCUUCUCAUGAGCACAAAGGGUGUCCUGCAACCGGUUCUUCUACAAGCGGGUAUUAUUCAGCUUCUCAAAUAGACAGCUCGCAUACCGUCAUCCCAACUCCUAACCAGAGCCGGUCAUCGUCUCUGUCACAAUCUUCUUUCUCUUCGCCAACUACCCCUUGUUAUUACUCCCCUCCACAAGCGUACGCUGCCGGCCACGUCCAGCCAGCCCAAUUUCGCACCCCCUCACCGCCAUCACCACGAAGACACAUACGUACCCCGUCACCCCCGUCACCGAUGUCUACCCCAUCCCCACGGCACUACAGGCGGGAGCAUGCUUCUCCACGUGUACUCUUCCCGUCUCCCUCACCACCUCAGAUGUUCAGCUCGCCUUCCUCUCAAUCUUCUUACUCGUCCUCCUGGCCUUCCUCACCCUCCCAAAGCCCCGAUUCCACGUACCCCUCACCACCUCGCCACGGUCGACCUAACGUGUGCCGUACACCCGGUGAGGCCACUCCUCCUCCAUCUCCUCCCCCUCCAAGACGGUGCCCCCGCGCCCCCCAGCGCUCACCGGAGACCACUCCCCCUUCCAGAGGGUACGCCGACCGGCGCUCACCAGGAAAUCCUCCCCGCAGAAGGUAUGCUCCUCGGCGCCUACCAUUCUCUGACCAAUGCGACAGCCCGGACAGUACUACUGCACCUCUACCUCCUCGCCAGGUGGCGUAUCGGGAGCCUCCCGGAGAAGCCAUGGCCCGGCCUACUAAUCCUAACUUCAUCAGGCGUGUAGUCAGUCUAAGACGACGCCUACAAAUCAUGCACAGAAAUCUGCCACGGCACUGAGAUCGCACCCGGGGGUGGCGGGGCACCUGUACGUACAACUUGUCGUUGUCUGAAAUCACUCAUCUCAUGUUCUGUCACGUGAUACAAAUUAAAAACCCUGUUUUAUUAAACAUUUUACAAUUUU